AGACAACCUGUUUCAAACACUACAUUAAUUGAAGUGGACACAGUUGAAUCACAUCUACAAAAUGGUAGCCAAAAGUGUGUUACUCCUGUUUCCGUUCAUCCUUUCUUUUGCAUGUUGGGCCGAUGGGUGCCAAUCAUUAAAAGCGCUGGAAGAGCAAUGGGUAACAGAGGAACUGAGGAAUUUAAAAUUUGAUCCGAGUAGAAUCAAACAGAUGAGAAAUAAUGUAAUACUGAACAAGAGAUACCAGGAGCUGCAAUCGGAAAUGCGGGGAGUGCUUGAGGACAUAAUGACAGAAUUUAUGGAAUAUGAGGAGAUGUAUUUGGAAUUAGAGGGUGAUGAGGAUUUCAAUAAUUUACCCAAAGCUGAAAAGGAAUAUUUACUAGGACCAAAUAAAAAGAAGAAACAGUUCAUUAAUUCGAUAAGAAAGUCGCUCACAAACAAAUUAUUGCAGGAAAGAAAAAAAUUGAAAAAAAUACAAGCACAAAGACGAAGGGAAAGAAAACUGCUAAGAAAAAUAGAAGAACAAGAACUAGAAGAGAUAAGGCUAAUAGAAGAAAGACUAAAAGAAGUAAAACUAGAAGAAGAAAGACGCAGAGAAAGAGAAAGGGAACUACAAAGACAAAAAGAAGAGGAAGAAAAGAAAAAGGCAAAUUCAAGACAAACUCAGAUGUGUUUAUGGAAAAUCUGUCCAGCGGCGCCAUGGCUUGUCGACAGGAACCGUUAAUGGGACAGCCGCUGAGGGCAUUGCAUCCGUUUCUCUGCUAUUUAUAAAAAAUUAAAGCUAAAAUUGUUAUACAAUGUUUAUAUCUAUAUCUAUAUAUAUACAAAGUAAAAGAUUUGAAAAGAUAUUUCACAGUGCUGCGUAGUGUAACAGGAUAUUAUUCAACGACUGUAACUACAACAGAUGAUUUCAACAACAAAAAUAUUUGCACAUUGUACAAAAAGGGUUGAUUCUUGUUCGUUCUAUUGUGACUAUUUCUUUUUUUUGAAAACACGAGACAUUCUAUUACAAUGAUAUUUUGACCGAUUAAUGAAAAAUAAAAAUGUGUUGUUGAUAAUGUU